AUGGAGUUCGGUAUCAUCGACGCUGUUCUCGCUAACGCGGGAAUGAAUAAAGAAGACCUACUUGCAGAAGAUCUUGACGCAAAUGGCAGGCUCCUCCCACCCAAUCUAGGGAGUAUCGAUGUGAAUCUAGUUGGCACAGCCUACACAGUCAAGACUGCUGUGCACUUCUUCCGCAAGUGGCCGGAGACAAAAUGCCAGAUUGUCUUGACAGCAAGCGCAGCCAGCUACCUCGACACCCCUCCCCUGUACCUAUAUUGUGCGGCGAAGACGGGGACUCUGGGACUUAUGCGUGGAUUGAGGUCACAACUUGUCAGACAGAACAUCACCAUAAAUGUCGUGGCACCAUGGAUGACUAUUACGAAUAUGGUCUCUCCCUCGCUGGUUACGUUGUGGGGUAACCUCCCCGCCAACCAGCCCUGGGGAGUUGCUCAUGCACUUCUCCUACCACUGCUGCACCCGGAGGUCAACGGCAAGGCCUUUUUUGUGGCAGGUCAUAGGAUUAUAGAGCUGGAGGACAAGCUGAUUGAAACGCAGCCAUUGUGGAUGGGGGAGCAAUUGAGCAGUGAUAUUGCAGAGGGACAGCGAAGGUUGACAACUUGA